ACCGGGUUCGCUUAAGCGGAAGUGCGAAGGCCUUCUUAAGCUAACUCAUUGAAGCUAACUCAUUGAAGCUAACUCAUACAAAUACACAAAAUAAUCUGGUGUCUGGUGCGUCGGUGCCCGGCAUGGCGUCCAAACAACAGAAGCGGGUGUGGAGGUACGUGGAGGAGGGCAGCUUGCUGAAGCUGAAGUCGUACCUCAGGAAGCACCGGGACCUGGAUGUGAGCUUCUCCCAGGGCAAGAGGCAGAGGAGCCCGCUGCACCUGGCCUGCUGCCUGGGGGAGGACGCCGCGCUGCGGCUGCUGCUGAAGCACGGAGCCGACGUCCUCCAGAGGGACCACAAGGGAGACACGGCGCUGCACGCGGCCGCCAACAGGGCCCUCAAGCACGGGAGGACCGCAUAUAAUGACCUGGUUGUGCCCCUCAAGAACAUCUGUCCAGAGGCUAUGAGGGCUGCUAACACUGCUGGAGUCACACCUCAAGACCUGCUGGAGUUCAUGAGACAUUCACAGAUGGGAGAAAACCAGAGUCGUCCCGCUGAAAUGGACCCUGAGAAGGAGUGGCAGGAGAAGCUGUUUGGUGAAUGCGAAGAUGAAUUCUGUGAAACCUUUGGCGUAUAUGAUGCUGAUGAUUUUCUUCCUGUUGAUGACGACGAGGAAGAUUUUGGGGACUGGGCUGAACGUAUUAGGAAAGAAUAUUUCGUUAAAAAGAACUCUGAAGCUCAACGACUGGCAUCGGCAUCGUCCUCGGGAAGGAGACGGACAAAGAGUAAACAAGAGAGGGAGCAGGAAGAGCAAAGCCGCAAGGAGCUGCAUGAAAGGCUGCAGAGGGAACAUGAAGAGUAUCUGGCUCGAGCGGCACGUAAAGAGGAAGAGACUCGACUGGGCAAGAAGCGCAGGUACGAUGAGAGGUGUGCAGCCACUUUCCAGGCCGGCUCCUCAGCUGGCAGCACAAAGCUGAGCUACAGUGACAUCCCCUGGCCGGCUCCCAGAGGUACAGUGCAGGAGAUGGUGGAUUUGAUGCUGCACGGCAUCGACCGAAAGGACGUGCCGGUGUUUCGCAAAAUGCUUCGGAAGCAGCAGGCGUUGUGGCAUCCUGACAAAUUUGCUCAGAGAUGCGAGGCCCGGUUAGAGGAGAAGGACAAGAAGAGGAUCCUCGAUACGGUCACAGCUCUGUCACAGGAGCUCAACAGACUGGCUCAGAGUCUGAGGACUUAAAAAGCGCAUCACAAUUCAAACUUAAUAUAUGACGUGCUUUUCUGCAGAAAACCCCAUACAAACUAUACUGAAAUUUAAUGUAAAGUAUGUGCAAAUGUACCUUGAUAUGAACACAUUUUCCAAUGUGUGCAUGUCUGCUUCUCUUGUGAUGCGGCCACAUCAUCUUCUGUUCACCAGUGGUCCAUUUUACACCCCUGACAUUUCUUUAUAAAUAACGACACUAAACAUAUCAAACACUCAAUUCUGUGUGUGUAUGUGUGUGUAAAAACAUCUGUCAAUCAAAACAAUAUAAAGUGUUGUGAAUAUCUGCA